AUGGGUUAUAAGCUGCUUUUUCUUCGCUUAAUUGUCAUUUGCAGCACUGCAUUAACAUGCAAAGCUACAACCUACUUGGUGGGCGAUAAUUCUGGCUGGGAGAUAAGCACUGAUUUUGAUACAUGGCCACUCGAUAAGAGAUUCAAAGUUGGUGAUGUUCUAGUAUUUCAAUUCUCUUCAUCCCACUCGGUGAAUCAAGUAACAAAAGAGAAUUACGAUGCAUGUAACACAACCAAUGUACUCAAGUCAUAUUCGAACGGAAAUACAACUGUUGCAUUAUCAAAACCAGGGGACACAUAUUUUGUGUGUGGAAAUAGAUUACAUUGUCUUGGAGGAAUGAAGCUUCGAGUGAACGUAGAAGAUGACGGGUCAGCCAAGUCGCCGAUUGGUUCGCCAGAAGCUCAACCAGGAUCGUCUCUUCCUCGACCUUCGUCUAAGAACGACAAUCCUGUAGCCCUGGUUCCGACUUCAACCGGGUUUCUUCGAGCUGGGAAAGUCUCUUUUCUGCAACCCUUUUUGGCUGUUGUAGUUAUCUUACUGCGAAUGUUAUGA